AUGGCGGUGCAGGAGUCAGCUGCUCAGCUGUCCAUGACCCUGAAGGUCCAAGAGUACCCGACCCUUAAGGUGCCCUACGAAACACUGAAUAAACGAUUCCGAGCCGCUCAGAAAAACAUCGACCGCGAGACAAGCCACGUCACCAUGGUGGUCGCUGAGCUGGAGAAGACCUUGAGUGGCUGCCCUGCCGUGGACUCAGUGGUCAGCCUUCUGGAUGGCGUGGUGGAGAAGCUCAGCGUCCUGAAGAGGAAGGCCGUGGAGUCCAUCCAGGCCGAGGACGAGAGCGCCAAGCUGUGCAAGCGCCGCAUCGAGCACCUGAAGGAGCACAGCAGCGACCAGCCGGCGGCGGCCAGCGUGUGGAAGCGGAAGCGCAUGGACCGCAUGAUGGUGGAGCACCUGCUGCGCUGCGGCUACUACAACACGGCCGUGAAGCUGGCGCGCCAGAGCGGCAUCGAGAGCUGUCUGGAGUUCAGCCUGCGGAUUCAGGAGUUCAUCGAGCUCAUCCGGCAGAACAAGAGGCUGGACGCCGUGAGGUAGGAUGCCGGCCGCCGGGCCAUGUGGGCAGGCUCCAUGUCAUCCCCUCCUAGUCUGCAUUCCUCUGUGUCCGCUUUUCUCCCAGGACCUUCUGGACCCGGCCCGGUGGCGGAUGCUGAUCCAGCAGUUCCGGUACGACAACUACCGGCUGCACCAGCUGGGCAACAACUCCGUCUUCACCCUCACGCUGCAGGCCGGCCUCUCGGCCAUCAAGACCCCACAGUGCUACAAGGAAGACGGCAGCUCCAAGAGCCCCGACUGCCCCGUGUGCAGCCGGUCCCUCAACAAGCUGGCCCAGCCCUGCCCAUGGCCCACUGCGCCAACUCCCGCCUGGUCUGCAAGAUCUCUGGCGACGUGAUGAAUGAGAACAACCCCCCCAUGAUGCUGCCUAAUGGCUACGUCUACGGCUAUAACUCUCUGCUCUCCAUCCGCCAAGAUGAUAAAGUCGUUUGCCCACGAACCAAAGAGGUCUUCCACUUCUCACAGGCCGAGAAGGUGUACAUCAUGUAG